AUGGCAUGGCAGAAUGCUUGAGACCCACGUUCCCUCUGACCGCAGUUCGUGCAGUGCGCGCAGAGACCACCCUCAGUUUUUCACCCUCUCCCUUCGGGGCGUGCGACGGCACCCCGAAGAUCUCCGAUACAGCACGUUUUCAGCGUACGCACUGCACGCGAAUCCUCGGAAAAUGGGAUCGCGCGCGAUAAACAGCUCGUAAUGAGCUUCGCAUUUCUGGCGGCGAUGAAUCGCGCCACUUCGGGCUAAUUAAUUACGUCGCAGGCGAGGUCCGUUGUUAAGUAACGUCGAUCGACGAGCGGGAACCAAAAGGGAUCCUCGAUCGACGCGGGUCCGCGAUGCCGUUGUGACAUCGGUCCUCCGUGGAUAAAUUUCGACGGACUUGAGCGCGAGGAGUCGGUCGGAUCACCGGGUGGACCAUGAACCAUGGAUACGCGACUCGAGAACGACGCGGAUUCGGAGGAGAAGCGUAAGGAAGGGGAAGUCGCCGAUGUACACCAGGUGCUUCGCAUGGACCGGUUCGACGUUGGUGUAUAGCUCGAUGUAACGUGUCAAACGUGUGUCGUUUUCACCGUUGAACGCAAAUCUCUCUUUCUAAUGACAUGUUUCAAAGAGCGCGCUUAAGCCAUGGGUAGUGGAGGAGUUGGUGAAGUACCGACGAUAUUUCACCCCCGACGAUCGCGUGCGUCGAAUAUAGCCUUCGUCGAAGAUCAGCAGACCCACGGUCCGUUCAUCACUCCCAUCCAGAUUGCGCUCCACGCUUCAGGAUGCGAGCAGCAGCAGGGUUGCAGCGUCGCCGACGGCGAUUCUGCGUCGAGUUGUCGCACCUUGGAGACCACCAGAAGUGCCGUAGGAAGCGGCGGCGGCGAUAGCGGAACCGGCGGUAUACAACCGACAGGCCAAACUCAUAUGACCUCGACCCCGGUCGCUCAGCAUCCGCACCAACCAAGCUCGAUUUCAGGCUGCUUCGCCUCUUGCUGCGCGGAAAGCGCAAAGAAGAUAUAUUUCGGGGUGUGCGUGACGAUAUGCGUAACCGCGAGUUGGGUCGGAGCGACUCAUUGCAUUAAGUAUUUGUACUUUCAUAAGUCAGACAAGAUCUCGGAAACGUCUGAGUCCACAAAUUCCUCCGUUAGCGGACUUCAUCAUCAACAUGUGAGCUUACUGCUUUUCCUCUUUCUUAUUGUCUCUAACGAGUACAUUGGCGAGUACGACAGUUAUUAUCUUCAGAUCAUUCUCCCGUACGAUGCGCCCUUCUUCACGACGUGGUUCUGCACCAAUUGGGAAGUCUUGUAUUUUCCGGUAUACUUCAUCUGUUGGGCUGCCAGAACCAAGUGCGUCACCCCCUCAGAGAUAAUCGCCGACAGCCUCCGCGGUUUCCGUGACAAGGGUUUCACCGGCGGCCGCUUCUUAAUCAGAUGCAGUCUUUUCUGCGGCUUAUGGGUCAUUACGAAUUACUUGUACAUACUCUCGUUGAGGAUACUGCUAGCCACGGACGUGAUAGCGUUAUUCGCAACCAAUGUUUCAUGCGUCUACUUGCUCUCGUGGGUUAUUCUUCACGAACAAUUCGUGGGCGUGAGGAUAGUCGCAGUAAUCCUCUGUAACACCGGUAUCGCACUCUUAGCUUACAUGGACGGCAUAACCGGAAGUCCAACGCUGGGAGGUGUCGUUUUAGCUACAGCAGCGGCAGCUGGCUCUGCCGUUUACAAAGUCCUCUUUAAGAAAGUAAUAGGAGAAACUACGUUCGGCCAAAUGUCUUUAUUUUUCUCUCUUAUCGGUUUGUGUAACGCCGCUCUGUUAUGGCCGAUUUGCCUGGCUCUGUACUUUUCCGGAGUGGAAACCAUACACUGGGCAAGAUUGCCAUGGGCAGCAUUACUCUCCGCCAGCAUCCUCCAUUUAGUUGCGAACAUGCUCGGCAAUUUCAGCAUCGCGAUCACCUACGACCUAUUCAUUACUCUUGGAUUAAUAACAGCUGUACCUGUGUCGGCUGCAUUGGACGUUAUUUUUUACGGGGCGUACUUCAUGGGCAUGAAGUUAGCAGGCAUGAUCUUCAUAGCGGUGGGUUUCUUCCUCGUGAUGUUCCCGGAUAAUUGGCCAGAUUACAUAACAAGGCUGCUCCGUACCACGGGAGGCGGCAGCCAGCAACGCGGCAGCAGGAAUAUCCUUAGGGGUCGCAGAGCGUCUCUCCAGCAACGUCAGCAACGUCUGCGGAGCUACGGCGUUUCCGCCGCGCACGGUGAUGGCCAGACGCUGCUACCGAUCAGUAACAACAACAACAACAACAACAACAGCAGCAGUAGCAACAAUCAGCCCGCCGCUCUUCGACAUGUUAACAACCCCCAACAAUACAGCUCGAUCUCCGAAACCCAAUCACGCCGUGUCCUUCCUUCUACCUCGACCUCUAUCACCUCGACCUCGACCUCGACCACCACCACCACCGUCGUCAGCAACAGCUAUUCGCAUGAUCCUCGUAAUCAACAGCAAGGUGGAGCAGGAGACACAGGCACGGCAUGUCAGAUGGAUCGUCGCGCGACGUGAUCGAUUAUCGAACUGGUUACAUAAAAUCGCACCUACGCUCGCCCUCGGGCAGGGUUCGGUGACUAAACACGUGGAAAAUCGUAGCAGUGAUUAAGAGAUUAUGAUGAGCUGCACAAGCCUCGUUGGCAAUGGCUCGAUGACCAGAAUUAUCGUCGAUGUGUAAACACGAAUUCGGCCAAGAAAUAGAUUUACUCUAUCAUUACUUUUAAAUCGCCUGAAUCCUUAGGGCUAUCUUGAAGUAUAUUAAUCGUGUGUACUGUUCCAUCAACAUCUCAGCCAUUUAAUCUAACUAGUACGAGCUCUGGAAAACGAAUGACAAAAUUAGUUAAACUAAGAUUAAAUAAACAAACGCAAGUAAAAAAUCUAUUCUAAACUGAUUGUGAAUACUUUUUGAUCAAGUAUCUUACUUAAAUAUCUUAAUUUAUUUAAAAAAUUAUUAAGCACCUUAACGCGAUACCUACAGUUGAAACUGCAAAGCAAAAAAAAUUAUUUCAAAUCGCGUAAAGAAGUCUUUAAAGAGCUCAUAAGAAAUAUCUUGCGGAAAUAUAUUAAUGAAAAUAGUAUAGCUGAUAUUCUCUGUCUUGCUGUUGAUGUUUUCUACUCUUUUACCACCCGAUCAUCAUUUCCUAAAAAGUUAUAAUCAAAAGUAUUCACAUAUUGGACCUAGAUAUCGGAGAUAUCUCUGUGGCAUUCACGAUAUUAACGUACAUAUUAUCGAUGUAUGUAUGUGGUAGCUCAAUUUAGCAUAAAAAUAAUGUCGAAUCGACAGUUAAGCGGCUACGUAAAUCUUCUCUAGGUAUAUCCUAUUAUGAAGAGACUCACGAGAGGGAACUUGCUAUUAUGACUUAAAAAAUAAAGAUGACUUGCAAUCGCAAUGAUAUUGAUAAAUACAGUUUUCGAUGUUAUAGCGUACUAUCAGAAACAAAUCCCUAUAUGGCUCGUCAGAAAAUUUGAAUUUAACGAGAUUUGUCGGUUUCAACACGUUUCCCAAUAAAUAACAGAAAUAUAUUACAAAUAAUAUAUUUCAAUUUCUUUCAAGAUCUUCAUUCGACAGUUUCACGCUAUAUUCACGAAUGUCACAAUAUUCGACGCAUCAUCAUUAGUGGAAGUUACAAACGGAUAUGAAUAAUACAUAAAGACAAUCAGAAAUAGUGAAUUAGCUCUAUAAAUACUAUUCGUUUUUGAAGAUAUCCGUAUGACGUUAUUUAUAGCAAAUAUCGUGAUGAAAAUUAAUGAUACGAUGUUUUACCGCAAUAUACAUUUGCAAAUUAAUGCAAAUGGCUCAUAGUGAUAUAUUCUUAUCCCACAGAAUUAUUAGUGUAAUAUUACAGGGUUGAUAGUUUUAUUUCUAUUCUAAGUCCUUCUUACCAUUAACACUCUAACGGUGUCGAAAUUUGUGAUGACUAUAGUUUGUAAAAUAACAGAUAUUUAACGCCAAGAAUACUGGGUACAUGACAGCUCAAUUCAUCGAUAUACAUACAUAUACAUUAUAUACGUUUCCGUGUUAUAGUAAAUUUCACAAUUAAAGUAAACGUACAUAAUGAAAUUUGGGGAUUAUUAAGGUUCGUGAUCAGCUUAGAAUCUGUUUAUGAUGAAACUAUAAAAGUCUCGUCGAGCUCGGAUAGGAAAAUAUCUGUAUACAUAACUUCUAUAAACAAAUUUAAGUAUUAAAUAUAUUUUUAUAAGUAUUGCAUACGACAUUUUCAUAGAAUUAUUUUACACUGGUUAUUACUUUUCAUGAAUUAUCUACACCAAUAAGUAAUUAUCUCUAUUUGUGUUGCUAUAUAGGUACAAUUUUGUAUACAUAAUCAUGACAGAUAUCACCUACAAGUUAGGCAAUUAAUUCCAACAUUUUGAUUAAUAGUACGCCGGAACGUAUGUCGACAGACUUAUUUCAUUUGUACAUAUAUUGUCAAUUACACAAAAGUUAACACACGACGGUUGUAACCGCAAUAAUUAUAAUGUUUAUCGUAAAAAUAUAUUGUAAUAGAGACUCUAGUUUAAUGUUGAUAUACAAGAGGAAUAUUGUGAGAACGAAUGUGAUUGUGUCUGCAAUAAUAAAUCUAGUUUAGUAAGAA